GGAAGGUAGGCUAAACACAGAGAUUGUGAAAUCAUAGGAAAAUCACCUCAUCUUGUGUGAUCAGAAUUUGAUUUCAUCAGGGUAUCUUGAGUGCGAGUCCUCGUGUGAUCAGUGUCAGCCGGGCGAUCCCACACACACAAGCCCACACACAAGCUCACACACACAAACCUUGUCAAGGAGGAAGGAUCAAACAUGAGUGGCCACGUGGGGAACCUCAGCCCUAAGCAGGAGGCGACUUUGGCUGAGUUCAAAGAAAAUGUCAAGGACAUUACUCGCCCGCACUUUGAUGACCACUAUUUUCUGCGAUGGUUACGAGCUCGAAAUUUCGAUCUGAAAAAGUCUGAGGUCAUGUUGCGAAAUAACAUGAAGUGGCGAGAACAGAACAAGGUGGACACCAUGUUGGAGUGGUUCGAGCCCCCCGAGGUGAUGCUCAAGUAUUACACCGGCGGCCUCUUUGGCCAGGAUAAAGAGGGAGCUCUCAUCUGGAUAGAUCCGAAUGGAUACAUUGACAUCAAAGCCCCCAAGAUCUUCCCUCUGGCCUACAGCCUGCUCAAGCCGUUCCUCAGCGAAGAGACGCACAGGAAGGUCACCGUCUGUGGAUGUGGCAGUUCAAAACGGACGGCUUCGACAUUGGGUUUGGCGUCCUCAAGAAAACGGCGGACGGGCCACAGAAGUCCGCGGAGAUGGAGGAAGUUGUCGCAACGCAGCGCGUCAACAGCCAUAUGGUACCGGAGGAUGGGAUGGUGCAGUGCAAGGAGGCUGGGACCUAUCUUUUGACAAGACGACUUCGCUGAGAUGUAUCUUUUGACGUGACGACAUCGCUUAGAUGUGUGGCACUUCGGUGAAAUCAGGAGCUCGUCAAAAUAAUGAAGUCAAAGAAACAGACAUUUUUCCCCUCAUUAUGAUGGGCAAUUUUUGUUACAUUUUUAUUAUCUGGGCGUAACAUCUUUGAUGUCCAUAUGAAAAACACAUUCCCACGUGGAAUUUGCUGAAAACUUUGGUUAGUGUCUAUGUGCAGUUUCCAAGACUGUUCAAGCUUUAAGAGUGACCAAACUGUUGUCUGCCAUUUUUUCUCUGAUUUUACUUCUGACACCCGACAACCCCUUUCCCUCUGAAAUAACUACUUUUAUUCAAAAUAGAUGAGAAGAGCUGUCUUUCAUUGAAAGAAGGGGAAAGUGAGCAGGCUUUACGAUGAUAUCAAUAACUCCGUAUGCCCUAAAAUUUGACGAGCGCCUGAUUCCACUGCGUUGUGACACAGUUGGGUUUCUAUAGGGUCGGGGUUUGCCAGGAUCACAAGGUCUCCAACAGCUCAGGUGUCUUCAAGUUGUUUUGUCACACUGUCCACCUUAUGGUAAAUUUCUCUGGCAGAAAUUUCUAUUCUUUAGUCGGAGAAAACAUUUUUUUAAUUGUCACCCUUAUGAUAAGACAGGCUAACCCACAAAAUAUUAUUUGUUGAAAAUAUGAUAAUCAUCAUCAGCAUUAUCAUCAAUGCCUUUUACCCCUGGCAGGGUA